UUUUACUUGAAUUCUUGGACAGUAUGGCCUUUUCGGGUGCCUAAGGUUUUCUCAGGAGAGAUGAGCCACGUGUGGAAGGACCCCAAGUCGCUGUUGAAGAAAGCUCAGUCAGCUAACAGAGAGGUGAGGUUGCUAGGUGUGGCUGCCCUGUCAAAGAAGCACACAUCGUGGCAUGAUUCCGACUACCGAGCUAUUGCUCAAGCAUGUGAUUCGAGGACUCUGAUUGGAUUAGCCAGGUCGCCUGACUGUGACCUGAGAUUCUUCUUGUCUCCUCCCAUUUUAUGCCAGGAGCAAGAUCAGAAGGUUUCGAUAGAGGCAGCUUUUAUGAAGCUGUUAGCCUCUCUCCCCAGGAGUAAUGUUGAUAGAUGCACUCAGUACUUCACUUUGGCUGCUAUGCAGCAAAGUAAAAAAGCCAUGGCAGAAGACCAGACUGGGUGGAUUGUAUUUGGAGGCAAUGCACUUUCCUUUGUUGCCACCUUGAGUAAGAUUCCAGAGGAAGCCCUAGACCAGGUCUAUCUCUUAGCCCUUAUCAGUCACUCAGAGGUGAGCAGCCAUUGUGAGGAGAUUGUAAAGCUAGCAGGUCUCCAACUCCUGAUGAGGGUCUAUCAAGCGAGGGAGAACAGUCCAAAGAUCCUCUCACACGUGGCACAAAUUAUCGCCAAUCUUGCCGCCCAUCCAUCUCUGCACGACAAAAUCAUUCAAGCAGGGUGGAUUUCUGUCCUAGCCAAGUGGAUGAAGUCUAAACAUCUCCCUCUCUCAGCCCAGGCCAGCAGAGCACUGGCUAACUUAGACAGAGACUGGUCCUCAGAGACAUUCGGCAACGGCGUCUACGUCCUACACCCGAAUGGCAGAUCUAGUGAGCCUGUCUUAGCGGAUAUCGUGUUUGUUCAUGGGUUGAGCGGUGGAGCCUUCUACACUUGGAGACAGGGGAAGCCCACUGAAGAGGAUGCAUCACCAGAACCAGCUGCACCUACAGAGGAUGCUGAUGAACAGAAGAACAAUGAGAAUAAGAAAAAGGAGAAGUUUGUGUGGUGUUGGCCAAAGAGUUGGCUUGCAAGGGACUGCCCUCACAUGAGAAUCGUCACUGUCUCGUAUGAUACCCAGAUCACAGAUUGGGCUUCUAAAUGUCCAUAUGAAGGAGAAAAGCACUCGUUAGCACAGCGUAGUGGUGAGAUGCUUAGGAAGCUACAUGAUGCUGGUGUGGGACAGAGACCUAUCAUUUGGGUGACCCACUCUAUGGGAGGUCUUCUGGUGAAACAGAUGUUGAUUGAUGCGAGCCAGAGUGAAACCAUGGCGACAGUGAUGGGCGAGACGAAGGGUGUGGUCUUCUACAGUACCCCUCAUCAUGGCUCCUCCCUGGCUGCAUACUCGCAGCAAGCCAAGUACCUUCUGUACCCUUCUACAGAGGUCAAGGAACUAUCACUCGACUCACCAGUUUUGAGGAAUCUUCAUGGUCGUUUCCGUGCCUUGGUCCAGACACAUCAGCUUCCAGUGCUGACGUUCGGUGAAUCUAUUCCUACAAAUAUUGGACUGUCUGUCAAGACUUUAGUGGUUCCUCCUCUCUCAGCCAAUCCUGGAUGCGGAGAGUUCCAUGAGAUGCCCAUGGACCAUCAGAACAUCUGUAAGCCUCACAGCCACAACUCCCUCCUCUACCAGCUCACCUUGCGGUUUGUCCAACAAAACAUCUCCAUGCCGCUGUCUGUUGCCCUCUCUGAGAAACUGGAAGAACUCCUACAGGACCCGGAGGAAGAGGAGAUCUUCUAUCCUCUUGGGAUGUCGUUCGGAGAGUAGAUAAACAGAUGAGAGGUCCCGUCUGUCCCCCUCUCUGAGAAACUGGAGGAACUCCUUCAGGACCCGGAAGAAGAGGAGAUCUUCUAUCCUCUCGGGAUGUCGUUCGGAGAGUAGACAAACAGAUCAGAGGCCCUGUCUGUCGCACUCUCUGAGACACUGGAGGAACUUCUUCAGGACCCAGAGGAAGAGGAGGUCUUCUAUCCUCUGGGGAUGUCGUUCAGAGAAUAGACUAACAAACAAAUGAGAAGCCCUGUCUUUCGCCCUCUCUGAGAAACUGGAGGAACCCCUUCAGGAAUGGGAGGAAGAGAAGGUCUUGUCUCCUCUCGGGAUGUCGUUCAGAGAGUAGACAAACAGACGAGAGGAAUUCUGUGGUCCGCUCCCACAGCUAAGCCAUGUUGUUAACCUGUUCAAUGCCAUAAUAUUAAAGUGUAAAUUCCAGUAGAUGCAUGUAUUAAUCAAGAUUUGAAACUGCUUAUGAAUAUAAUUUGUGGAAUAGUCUUCCUUGAUGUAAAACAUUGUAUAGGUAUAUGCCCCAUACAGAUUGAUCAUAUGUUAUAUUUAUCUUUUUGUUAAAUGUUAUUUAAAUAGUAUAUUUUAAAAAGCUUCUUGAUUUUUGUGCUGCUCUUAAGGGAAUGCAAAAUAGAGAUAUUGAGCCUGUGUUCAUAUUAGGACUGGUUUAUCUUCAGCGGUAAAGUAAACAACAUGUGCUUCAAAUAAUUUUUUUUUGAAUAAAACACAACUACAUGUACAGACAGAACCUUGGAUUGUCAUUGAACAAUAUUUUACAAUAUUAUUGUAUGUGCAAUCACAUUUUCAUUAGACGGGUAUUCAAAUUGACUUUGUUGUUUCGGUGAGAAAACCUUGUUAACUAUAAGGAGAGCAAAAACUUUCAUGUUUACCGUAGAGCAGCUUUUUUUGUUCAAAUAUUACACUGUAUUAUGAACCUGGUUUCAAUUUUGUAUUCUUUGUUCAUGCUUUUAUGAGUAGUGUUUAGAUCAAGAUGACACAAAUAUUAUUGAAAACCUACUCCAUACAUGGUACUUGUGGCAUUAUAUUUACAGACAUGUAUUACUCAAGUACUUAGUGAUAAGAGAGCACAUAUACAUGUAUUUACCAAAAGUACCAUAGAAGCUGCAGUCAGGAAAAUUGAUUUUAAGUGAAUAUAGUAUAUCUCAGUUGAAUGAAGAACACAGAUGAAGGAUGUGAUCAUUUUGUUACUUUCAGUUUUUCAUUUUGUUUAUGCUGCUUUGAUUUAUGUCUGUGCUACGUUUUAUGCAUGUAUUCAGCCGAUUGCUUUUUCUAUAUGAUAAAAAAGAGCUCAUAUUAUGUAUACCAUUCCUACAUAUGAAUCUGUCUAUUUGUACACAAUGUCAAUGCACAAAUGAUUUGUAUUGUUUUGUUGAUAUCUAUUUAUUACUUUACCUCUUUGUUACAGUAUCUAUUCGUUACUUUAUCUCUUAGCGUAUUUAAUUGUCACUUUCCCUCUUUGUUACCGUAUCUAUUUGUCACUUUACCUCUUAGUUACCGUAUCUAUUUGUCACUUUACCUCUUAGUUACCGUAUCAAUUUGUCACUUUACCUCUUAUUUACUGUAUCUAUUUGUCACUUUAUCUCUUUGUUACUAUAUCUAUUUGUCACUUUACCUCUUAGUUACUGUAUCUAUUUGUCACUUUACCUCUUAGUUACCAUAUCAAUUUGUCACUUAACCUCUUAUUUACAGUAUCUAUUUGUCACUUUAUCUCUUUGUUACUAUAUCUAUUUGUCACUUUACCUCUUAGUUACUGUAUCUAUUUGUCACUUUACCUCUUUGUUACUGUAUCUAUUUGUAUU